UCAGUCGGAACAGAUGUCGUUCCUGCAGCGUCACCUACACCUAGUGGUGCCUGGGACUCUGCUGGUUGAUGUGGAGGUCUUUCUCAAACACAGAUCCUUCCUUCAGGCCAUGGUGGAGACGAAACACCUUGUCACAGCCGAUGUCAGGAGCCUCAACUGCUGCUACGGACAAACAAGCAGCCUGAGCAGCGACCAGUCAUCACAGGUAAUGAAGAAUCCAACGAAACAGAAGCUCAAGAUGCUAAAUGGGCGCGUGCUUCCAGUAGUUGUUGCACCUGGCAACAUUACAGAAUGGACAGAGGACGGUAAAGAAGCUCGUGGUGCCAUGGUCCCUCUGACCAUGCUACCAGUGUUGUUUCCAAGGUACCAGAGGCAGCUGUUGCUAAUGGCAACACGAUUUAUAACGAUGAAAAGUAGGGCUGUGAUACGGAGAUGUUCCACUGCUGAAGCAAGGACGUUGAAUCUCUGGCACCUCAACGCGCAAGGUUCCAACAAGCAGCUGGUUACGUCUAACGAUCUCCUUGUGAGAUGGCAGGAUGUGGUGACAGUUGUGGACCCUCUUGUAAAGCACGCGGCACGGUUUGGGCGCUCUCAGUCACAGCAGGGCAGCGCCUCCUCAACAAGCAGUAGUUGCAGUUUGAGAAUGGCGCGACAUCCCGUACAAGUCGUCACUGGUGUCAAAGCCAAUCUGAUGGUGGGAUCAAAGUCUAAUGAAAAACAAUCCGUGUCAUCUGAUGUAUCCGCUGAAACAUGGUUGCCUAAAAUACUUAACUGUUACUCUACUUCUGACAAAAGAGUUGAAGGUAGUGUGGGCUCGUCUUGUGCACUAUCAUCAUCAUCAUCAUCAUCACCAUCAAACAGUAAGGCGAGAGCUGUCGAUCAGGUUCCCAACAAAGACAAAGACAAAACGGAUGGACAACAUGGUGAAGACUACUUGGAUCAAAGCCAGAAGGUACAACAGUACAUCACCAUGCAGCCAUCUCCAGAUGAUGAUGGGGAUGAGCAUGUAAUGCACCAAAAGCCUAUCUCGGAAUGCUCUUCAUCUGCAUCUUCGUGUACUUUAACCCCCGAUUCUUCUGACUCCGGGACACUUGAUGCUUUAGAGAAGCUGUGCAGAUACGACUCUCCAGAAGAAACCAUAAUUUGUAACACACAGGUGUUUGAAAGACCACCAGAAUCAAAGCAACUACAAGCAGAGCAAAGAACGCUCCAACAUUUGCCAUCAACACAGGUGAAGUUCAGAAAGUAUACUGAAGCAAAACCCAACCAACGGAAAUUAUUUCGAGAGGGAACAAGGAGGAGUGAAAGAAUUCGUGACCAAACAAAGGUGCAACAUUUUCAAACAACCAAAAAUGUCCCUGUAAAGAAAAUGGAGAUACCCAUUGUUGUUCCAUGUGGAACCCCAGAGGAGACAGCAAAGCUUGGGGCUGCCUGUAAAUACCCGGACAGUGAUAAUACAAACACUGAUAAAAGCAUUUCGUGGGGGAUUUCAAGUGACCCAACCGGUGCUUGUGACAACAGUUAUGACCAAGGAUCUCCAGGUGCACUUGAAAAUGAUCAGAGGCAAAGUCUGGUUCAUGGUUUCAAAGAUAUUGCAAAUCUGUUUACAGUACUGACAAAUGAAGAAGUCUCCCAUAAAUCAACACAACUUGCUGCUCCUGAAAUAGAAGACCUGGCAAAGAAAAAUACAAUGUCAAAAACAAGACAACUUGGAGACCUCUCAAGCAAAGGAUUACAGAUUCCUAUAUCAUCUGAUAUUGCACUUCUUCUUCCAACAUUGGAAACCAGUAGUCCCAGUAAAAGCCCUGAAAAGGAUACAAGAGACACGACAAAACGUUCUGGGAAGAAUAGGAACAUCUAUCCUGAGAUGGUGAUUGAGGCCCAGAAAUGUUCAUUGGGAAGUUCGACACCAGUUGCCAGACAAACCCAUAUCAAAGGAAAUCAAGUGUCUGUGACAGAUAUCAUGAAGAGUAUGGAUGAGACAUUCAAUGCCUUUAAGUCCGACCCAAUUGCCCUGGUGAAAGCAAAGAUGAGUUCCUCAAGAAAUCUAACUGGGUAUGUAAAUACAGACUACAUCCGUGUUACUGGUCCUGAACCAAACAUCACAUUAUCUCAGAACGACUUCAUACACGGAAGUUUACCUCCUCUCAUGAAAUACAAUGUUGAAUAUACAUCAAGUGGUGUGACAUCCAAAGCCCCAUCAAAUAUCAACCUUCAAAACACCUUCCAGAAGAAUCAUUUUGAGCCAGUUGAAGAUAGCAGAGAUGUAUCAGCUCUCCUGAAGUGUCCCACACCUUUGCAUCAAUGGAGUCUUCUCGAUAAUAGAUCUAGCCCCACAAAACUCAAGCCUCAAUUGCGACCUUUAAUAGCUUGUCCUCCAGUAGAUGAUAGUGCUACAUUAAAACCAGAAGUCUCCUCAGAAAUUUCAAAUCCCAAAGAUCCCAAAGCAGCAAGGACUGUCACACCAUCCCCUGUGAAAUUGGUUCUCAUGAAAACUCAAAGUAGUAGUACAAAUCCAUCGAAAAAGCCGCAAUGGAAUAUUAAAAAAGUGAUAAGAGCCUCAAAUGUUCCAAAGAAACCAGAAACGAGUUGCAAUGAACGAAAAGCAAGAAUGGAUGCAGAAUUUAAUGCUAUGAGAGCACGAGCUAUGGCUAAAGCUGAUUCAGUGGCAGCUGCCACAGUUGCAAGACAUACGUUUGCCAUGACCUGUAAUGUAAUGAAACCUUUGUGUAAUAAGUCAGCUUCACCAGGUCGCACGACAGGACCUGGGACAGUAGCCUGUGUCAAGAAUAAUCCUGAUUUGGCAGGCCAGGUCAGAGUUCCUGUAAAGAGUAACGUGGUCAACAGCACGUCACAAUCUACGUCUUUGGGUCAGAUUCAAACCUCUGCAUCACCAGAUACAGUGGAAUGUGCUGGUACUUCAGUACCUCCAGGGCUUGUUACCCCAAGUAAUUUAUGCGAAAAUGAUACCACUACAUCCACUGUGGCAGAUGUGUCUAAACCGCAUAAUGCAUCUGAUAAACUGAAACUCUCUGAGGCUAAAGCUAAUUUGCAGGUAAAAUCUGGAAAACUUGAUGUGGAUUCCCUCAGCAUAGUACAGAAAGUAGAUUCUCUUAAUAUUGCUGGUAUCAAGCCCAAAACGACUGACUAUCUCUAUACUGAAAAUGUAAAGCAAAUAGCUUACCCUCAAGACAAGACUCUGCCAGAUUCAGUUGAAACCUCCAAUAGUGUUCUGAAAGAAAAGGUUUCCCAGUCAAAGAAGCGGCAAAGAGUUGGGGAAGCAGAAGAAAGGAGGUCCCUAGAGUCAACAGCGUCCACAGUGUCAUCAGAGAACAUCUCAACAUACUGGUCAGGGUUCCCUCUCGGUCAGAGUUCCCGUAGGCUAAAUGGACCUAAAUUGUGUUUUCCAAGUUAUACAGUUGAUUACUUCACGCCACCAGAUAAUGCCCCAUCUCAAGAGAAACUCGAGAGUCGUCCUCCAAACACUGCUCCUCCAGCUUGCACACCAGCAUCAGCAAGUGUUAAUAUAUUCACCAACACUGGAAACGACUCUCUGCCCAGUUAUGUUAACUGGCAAAGAAAUGUUCAGCCUAUCAGAUACUUAAUACCAGUCUUCACAAAUGCACCAUUGCUCCUGUACCCCACCAGUCAACAGUCUAGCUCAGAGGCACAAAACAGAGAACAUCUUAUAAAUUCACGGUCGAUGUCUGCAGAUAGAUCAGAGUUUGCUGCUCACCAUGAAGGUCGUUAUCUAUCUCAAUUAAGCAGAUCAGCCAGUUUAGGGUAUAACGACAAUGAGGCGGUCCCCCAUGUAUCCCACAGAGACAGUCGUUCCAGGGGUGCAUACGAAGCAGACACAAGCAACCACCACUUAAUCUCCAGUGUUGAUGAGGAGCAAUGUGGUAUUAAGCAUGUGCAACUACCAUCUUUCUACAAACCAUUAGAGGAAGACAAAACUAUAUCAAGAAUGACCACUAAUAGCACCGGUAACAACCAAUCUGUAAGAGAACCAUAUGUCAACAGUGGAAAGAACAAAGAAUCAGUUACAAAAUUAGAUCACACUAAUUCCAACACAAACAAGGCAUCAGUCGCAGUAACCCUUAAUCUUGGAAAAGGCCCUGAUGUGUCUGAAGCUGAAAAGGCUGAAAGCACUACAAAUAACACAUCAGGUUGUUCUGAGGUGAUCAGUGAAAAGGCACUUAAAGUCAUAUCACUGAUACCAAAGAAUCCUGUAGUGGCUGAUGCUUGUAUAUCCUCCAAAUCUGUUUAUCCUUCUCCGUGUUGUACACAGUCACAGGACAUGAGCCUUGCAAUGCAGCCUGGUCUUGGGAGGAGCCUCAACGGUAAACCCAAACCAGCAACAGGAGCUCUGAAUCAUCAGGCAGAAGGUCUUGAAGAGACAGAGGCUCCGGGUCAGAAAGCUGAUUUUCACAGGGGAAAAGAUACCAAACUGUACAGACACCACUGCAGAAAGUAGA